AUGACGAAGGGGGCGACAACUCCAUUGCUCCUCAUGGGUAGCAGGUCGCUGGGACGUGCUCUCCUCUUCGCUAUGGUGGUAGCCCUGAUGGGCUCCGUCGCCGCCGUUUCCCAGCGGCCUUCAAACAUGCUAUACCGAGGCGACUCCUUCUACGUAGAGAGGCCCUUCGACGUCCUCGUUUCGGAGAAAGGAACAUUCAAGGCAGGUUUCUACUCGGUGGGCGAGAAUGCCGUCUCCUUUGGCAUCUGGUUCGCCGAGCCGCCCAACCAGACGGUUGUCGUCUGGAUGGCCAACCGGGACCGGCCGGUAAACAGCAGAGCCUCUCGCCUGUCCUUCGGGAAAAGAGGAGACCUCGCCCUGCUGGAUGCAGACGGCAGCGUUGUGUGGACGGCCACCAGCAGCAGCAGCAUCGCGGCUGCUGUGCGGGCGGAGUUGCGGGAGACGGGGAACCUGGUGUUGGUGGACGGUGGGGGAGGAGUGGUGUGGCAGAGCUUCGACUACCCGACUGACACCUUGUUGCCGGGGCAGCCGUUAACCAGGUCCAUGCGGCUGGCGUCCAGGAAGGCAGAGGGCGUCUACACCACCGGCUACUACCGCGCCUACUUCAAUGAUGACAAUGUCUUCAGCUUCAUCUACGACGGCCCCAAGACGUCCAGCAUCUACUGGCCGAGUCCGGACAACAACGUGUUUGAGAAUGGAAGGACAAGGUAUAAUAGUUCGAGGUAUGCAGUUCUUGAUGACUUCGGCCGUUUCAGCUCGAGCGACAAGUUGCAGUUUGCCGCAUCUGAUGUUGGCUAUACAGCGUCAACAACAAAACAAAAAGGUGGGAAGUUUCAUGGAUGCCAGUUGCAUUGGAGAGAUGCAGAGUCCACGGUCUCUGCGGAGAAAACGGGCUCUGCGUUUAUUUGUCCUCCUGGAUUCAAAAUGAACGACCCGACUGACUGGAAUCAAGGAUGCAAGAUGGAGUUCAAUAUCGUCUGCAACAAGACCCAGGUGCAGUUCAUCAAGCUUCCGAACACAGACUUCUAUGGCUACGACUUAGUAGGUUAUGCGAAAGGCAUAUCUCUUGAGGCUUGCCAGAACAUUUGCAGAAGUGACUGCAAUUGCCGGGGUUUUGGGUAUUGGGCCGACGGAAAUGGCGCAUGUUAUGCGAAGAGCAUUCUCUUCAGCGGCCAGUCUGGCCCACAGUUCCCCGGCGACAUGUAUGUCAAGGUUCCUUCAGGGAACAACCGGCUCAGGCAGCUUACUGUUCCUGAUCAUCAAUCCAGUACUCUAGAUUGUUCAAAAUCUAAUUCUUCCAUCCUAGAAUUUGCAGUACAUUACACAACUAGCAAUGCACAAGGAGACUAUUUGAAGUACCCAAUUGGAUUUGCCAUUGCUUUCGGGGUAGUAGAAGUAAUCUGUGUGGGAUUUGGUUGUGCUUAUUUGCACAGGAAGAGAAAGUACGAUCUUCUGUACAGUGUGGACCACGGUUAUUUAGCCAUGAAAAUGGGCUUUAGGAGGUUUAAUUUCAGAGAGUUGAAGAUAGCUACAAAAAAUUUCAGGGAUGAGAUAGGAAGGGGAGGGUCGGGAGUGGUUUAUAAAGGAGUGUUAAUGGAGGACGAGAGAGUUGUUGCUGUAAAGAGGUUGGAGGGUGUGAACCAGGGAGAGGGGCAAUUCUGGAGUGAGGUGAGCACCAUUGGAAGAAUAAAUCAUGUGAACUUGGUGACCAUGUUGGGAUUCUGCGCAGAAAGGGAACACAGAUUGUUAGUUUAUGGAUACUUGGAAAAUGGGUCCUUGGAGAAGAACUUGUUCAGUGAUUCUGCUGUGCUCAAUUGGGAGCACAGAGUCAGUAUUGCAGUUGGUACUGCAAAGGGCCUCGCUUAUCUUCAUGAGGAAUGCCUGGAAUGGGUUUUACACUGUGAUGUGAAGCCGCAGAAUGUGCUCUUGGAUAAAGAUUUCCAGCCAAAAGUAGCUGAUUUUGGACUGUCCAAACUUUUUGACAGAGCUGGGAAUAACACAUCUGGUUUUUCGAGGGUGAGAGGAACAAGGGGAUACAUGGCGCCUGAGUGGAUCAUGAACCUGCCCAUAACAUCCAAGGUUGAUGUAUACAGCUAUGGCGUUUUGCUGUUAGAGCUGCUGACUGGCCGCAGUUCCAAUGGAUUCCAACAUGUUGGUGAAGAUGGAGAAGCUAGAUAUAUGCAGCUGAUCCCAUGGAUCAAGGAAAUGGUGAGGACGAGGGAGAAAUGGGUGGAAGAAAUAGUUGAUCCGCGUUUGUGUGAGAUGUAUGACAAAAAAAGAAUGAACCUUCUGGUUAUGAUGGCUUUGCAGUGUGUGGAAGAAGAAAGGGAUAUGAGGCCAACCAUGAGUCAAGUUGUCCACUCCAUUACAGUUUCAUGCAUGGACGACCUAGAGGUGGUUGAAGAAACUGAUCAGCAGUAA